GGAGAGGGUGGGCGGCCGGGAAGAAGAAGAUCGGUAGAUUGAGUGGCUAGAGAGGUUGGAGGUAAGUGGCUGUAGAAGUCGGGCGGACCCGGAACCCAGAGGACGCGACAUCAUGACUUAUGCUUAUCUCUUCAAGUAUAUCAUCAUCGGAGACACAGGUGUGGGGAAGUCAUGUCUCCUCCUGCAGUUUACAGAUAAGCGGUUCCAGCCUGUCCACGACCUCACAAUAGGUGUGGAGUUUGGAGCUCGUAUGGUCAACAUUGAUGGAAAACAAAUCAAACUGCAAAUCUGGGAUACGGCUGGGCAAGAAUCCUUCCGUUCUAUCACCCGUUCCUACUACAGGGGAGCAGCUGGAGCACUGCUGGUGUACGACAUUACAAGGCGUGAAACCUUCAACCACCUGACCUCAUGGUUAGAGGAUGCCCGGCAGCACUCUAGUUCCAACAUGGUUAUCAUGCUCAUUGGGAAUAAGAGUGACCUAGAGUCCCGCAGGGAUGUGAAAAGAGAAGAAGGAGAGGCCUUUGCUAGGGAGCAUGGACUUAUAUUCAUGGAAACUUCAGCCAAAACAGCCUGCAAUGUUGAAGAGGCCUUCAUUAACACAGCCAAAGAAAUAUAUAGGAAGAUCCAACAGGGUUUAUUUGAUGUCCACAAUGAGGCAAAUGGCAUCAAGAUUGGGCCCCAACAGUCAAUUUCAACAUCAGUGGGACCCAGUGCCUCCCAGCGGAACUCUCGUGACGUAGGGUCCAACUCUGGCUGCUGCUGAACAUCUGGCUUGAACUUUUUUUUUCCUUCCUGGAAUAGCUUCAGAUCAAUAGGCUUAAUGAAAGAGGUCUUUCUUGCUUUGGCUGAGAGCAGCCUCUUUUUAAAGUGUGAUGUUUUGCCUUUCCACCUAAAGACCAGGAGAGAAUUUGGGCCCUUACUGACUGUCCUCCUUCAAGGACAUGAGCAUUCCGUAUAGAUUAGGGUUCUUCUUAUCUUCCUAUACUAAUUUCUUAAAUCGUUAGGAUCAAAGUUGAUUAUCACAGUAGUUAAAAAAAAAUAAUUUCACGGUGGGGCGCCAUGGCUCAUGCCUGUAAUCCCAGCACUUUGGAAGGCCAACGCUGGGGGAUCACCUGAGGUCAAGAAUUCGAGAUCAUCCUGACCAACAUGGAGAAACCCCGUCUCAACUAAAAAUACAAAAUUAGCUGGGUGUGGUGGCGCAUACCUGUAAUCCCAGGUACUCGGGAGGCCAAGGCAGGAGAAUCACUUGAACCCAGGAGGCGGAGGUUGCGCUAAGCUGAAAUUGUGCCAUUGCACUCCAGCCUGGGCAACAAGAGCGAAACUCUGUCUCGAUAAAUAAAUAUAUAUAUAUAUUUUUGAGACGGAGUCUUGCUGUCUCCAGGCUGGAAUGCACUGGCACAAUUUUGGCUCACUGCAGCCUCCACUUCCCGGGUUCAAGCAAUUCUUCUGCCUCAACCUCCUGAGUAGCUGGGACUACAGGUGCGUGCCACCACGCCCAGCUCAUUUUUGUAUUUUUAGUAUAGGCGGGGUUUCACCAUGUUGGCCAGGAUGAUCUUGAUCUCUUCACCUCAUGAUCUGCCCACCUUGGCCUCCCAAAGUGCUGGAUUACAAGCGUAAGCCACUGUGCCUGGCCUAAAUAAAUAAUUUCAUAAGCAUAUACAGUCUGCUCCCCACUAAGAAUUAGGGUCAAGGACAUUCUGCUUGAACACUUGGAAUUACCCAGAUUUGGUUGGCCUUUGGUUGAUAGAUCCUCUGCCUCAGAAUUUCAUUGAGUUUUUUCCUUCCUUGCCUUUGAGGGUCUACUUGCCACUUCCUAAGAAUUCUUGUAGAAAGCAGUUCCUUCUACUUGCCCAAGAGCACUGAGUACUUCUCUACUAUCCUAUUGUUAGCUUCUAUCUCUUAGUGUAACUUCAAAACUUUUAAGAGCAGUGGAGUUGGUCAGGGACAUGUGGCCACUUAUUAUUACCUAAGGAAAACAUUUGUUCCCUAUUCAUUUUAUUUUAGGGACCAGAUCUAACAUUGUAGUGUCUUUCACCAGAUAGACUUCUACUGUUUCAUCAAACUCCCUUCUUAACUAGAACUAGACUUUCUACUCCAAUCAGGCUAAUCUACUUGCUGAAUGUGACGUAUUUAUUCCUAGCUCCAUAUGUGUGCACAUGCCCUACUCUCCACUAACUAUACUUAAAAGUCCAAAAAUUUUUUCUUUAGUAACAGACUUAGGUACUUCUAAGCAAUUAUUAACACAAUAUUCCUUAGUUUUCAUAUGUUGGUUAUUCAUACGUAUAUUUAUAUGUAUAUUUAUUUUUAUGUAUGUUACUAUGUAAAUAUGUUUUGCGUUGUUUUUGUGUGGAAUCUUGUCUUUCCAUAUAAGUUGUAAGCUCCUUGAGAGCAGGAUCCAUGUCAUUCCUUUAUUUUUAUAAAUCAUUCCCCCAUCAUUCCUUUACAGUGCCUAGUGCUACUCAUUAUGUGUUCAUUGAAUUUGACUGACAUACUUAAAAACUUAAGGUUUAUUUUAGACUUUAAGGGAAACAAAAGACUUGAGUCCUCUCUUUGUAAUUCUGCCCCUCUCAUUUGUUUACCCUGGGUUUUAUACUGUUCUUUUCCUUCUCCCCUCCCACCUUUCCAUGGCUCUUUGCCUCCAUUCCAUGAGGCAUACAGUAAGGCUACCUGCUAGUAAGCAGUCAGAUAAGUGGGUACCUAUCCAGCCAUUCUCUUUUCAGAGCAUAUAAUACUAUCUUAGCCAAAUUUGCCUUUGCUUCACUCAUCAUGCAGCCUUCUGGAUUGGUUGCUAUAUGUAUCUUUUUUCCUUGAUUUCCCAUUCUCUUCCACAGCACUGAGGCCUCAUGAAUCUUUCUACUUUCUUUUUGCUGUUGAUGAAUUGUUUCAUUAUUAAAUAUAUGCAUGUAUCAAAGCUGUUCAUA